CUUCCACCUCAGAGCAGUCGGUGGCAAAAUAACAACAUCUCAGCCAAAUUUGCGAAAUUCUCCCACGGAAAAGGACUUUUUUAGAGAUUGAAAAGUGCACAAAAAGGGGUUUGAGAGUGAUUUAAAGUGAGAUAGUGUGUGGUUUAGUUAGGGGACUAAAUUUGGUGGAAAGUUUUCGCUUGAGUGCCGAUUUUCUUCACCUCGCGAGAAAGCAUCUGGAACCACUUGCGGAUUGACCGGAUUGUGAUCCGGGGCAAGUUCCCAGCUUUUUCGAUGGACACGUCGCCGCUGCUUCUAGAAGAAUAAUCAAAGCAGCAAAAACAGCAACAAAAGUUUAUCGCCCACAAAAACAAACGCAAAACGACGACGACGACGAUGAAGACGUUCCUGCUGCUGUGCGGGAUCCUGGUCCUGUUUGGGGCGGUUUGCUGGAGCGAACCACUCGGGCCGGAGGAAGCCAAGCGGAAAGUUUCCCCCGCGCAAGAGGAGGAAUCGCCGUCGGAUGCGACCACCAGUACGGAAAACGACCGCAAAUCGGCCGAGGGACUGCUGGAGGAAUCGGUGCUGGGACGGGAAGAGGAAGCGAGGAGGGAAGCGUCCCGCACCGACUUUGAUGUGUUUUCCGACGAGCUGCACUUUAUCGGCGGAUCGGCGAUUAAGAUUGUGAAGGCGCCGGAUUUGUCCCAGGACAAGGAAAACCGCAAGAUGUCGGAGAUGUUGAACGAAAUGUUGGAGAACCACGAGCGGAUGAUUCAGAAGAUCGAGAGUGAAAUCGACGAGAUUAAUCGGUUGGAACCGGUGGAGCCGGAAGUGGUGCGACCGCUUACGCCGGAGGAACUUGAGGCGCAGGAGGCGUUUGACCGCGCCAUGGCCGUCAUGAAUCGCACCAAGGUGGACAAACUGGCCGGGAUCAAGCUGAUGGUGGAGGCCGCCGGGAAGGGUCACCCGUUGGCGAAGAGUCACGUCGCGUGGGCCCAACUGCUCGGUCAUCCGAUCCACAUGGACAUUGAGGCGGCCAAGAAGACGUUCCAGGAGCUGGCUGACGAGGGUCUUCCGGACGCGCAGAUGGGACUUGGGUUUAUGUACGCCGCCGGGAUUGGGUUCAACGUGAGUCAGGCCAAGGCGCUGGUUUACUACACGAUGGCCGCCCUCGGGGACAAUUCGUGGGCGCAGAUGGCACUCGGGUAUCGGUACUGGGCCGGGGUGGGAGUGCCGAACAGUUGCGAGACGGCGCUGGACUUUUACCGGAAGGUGGCGACGAAGGUGGCGAAUCAGGUAACCUUCUCCGGCGGCGCUGCCAUCCACCGGAUCCGGCUGCUGGACGAGGCGGAAAACUCGGGGACCAGCUCGGGCAUCCUGGACAACGACCUGAUCGACUACUACCAGCUGCUGGCGGACAAGGGUGACGUGCAGGCGCAGGUCGGGCUGGGCCAGUUGCACUACCAGGGUGGGCGGGGCAUCCAGCUGGACCACCAGAAGGCGCUGCAGUACUUUAGCCAGGCGGCGAAUGCGGGGAAUGCGGUGGCGAUGGCGUUCUUGGGGAAGAUUUAUCUGGAGGGGAGUGACAACAUUAAGGCGGAUAAUGAUACGGCGUUUAAGUAUUUUAAGAAGGCGGCUGAUUUAGGGAAUCCGGUUGGGCAGAGCGGACUGGGGGUGAUGUUCUUGCACGGAAAGGGCGUUCCGAAGGACACGGUGAAGGCGUUGAAGUACUUUACGCAGGCGGCGGAUCAGGGCUGGGUGGACGGGCAGCUUCAGCUGGGGAACAUGUACUUUAGCGGGACGGGGGUGAAACGGGACUUUAAGCUGGCGAACAAGUACUACAAUUUGGCGUCACAAUCUGGGCACGUGUUGGCGUUCUACCACCUUGGGCAGAUGCACGCCGUCGGGCUGGGGAUGAUGCGAUCGUGUCCGACUGCGGUGGAGCUGUUCAAGAACGUGGCCGAGCGGGGCAAGUGGACGGAACGGCUCAUGUCGGCGUACCAGGACUAUCGCUCGUAUCGGUUUGAGGAGGCCUUCACGCAGUACGCUUUGAUGUCCGAGCUUGGGUACGAGGUGGCGCAAAGCAACGCGGCAUUCCUGCUGGAUCGGGGCGAGGUCAACCUGUUCAAGAACCGCGACCAGGAGCUGCUGAGGGCGCUGCAGUUCUGGGGAAGAGCCGCGGCGCAAGGCUACUCGGCGGCGCAGGUCAAACUGGGUGAUUAUCACUACUACGGACUGGGGACGCUGGUGGACUUUGAGACGGCGGCGUCGCAUUACCGAAUGGCCUCGGAGCAGCAGCACAACGCGCAAGCGAUGUUCAACCUCGGCUACAUGCACGAGCAGGGGCUCGGCAUGAAGAAGGACAUUCACCUGGCGAAGCGGUGCUACGACCUGGCGGCGGAGACGAGCGCGGACGCGAAGGUGCCGGUGACGCUGGCGCUGAUGAAGCUGCAGCUGCUGUUCAAGCUCGAGUCGCUGCGGGAGUCCCCCUUCAACGUGCUGCUCAACCUGGACGAGAACAUCGCCUCCAACUGGGACCUGUACCUGAUCACGGUGCUGACCAUCGUGCUCGGCGGUGCGCUCUACUUCCGGAGGCCACCGGGACCGGGUCAGCAGCCUCAACCUCAGCAACCCCAGCCGCCAGCUCGGAACGUUCCCGCAGACGAAGCGCCCCUCAUUGAUCGUCCGGACACUCCGGUGGCGGCGGCGGCAGUGCCAACGACGAGGGACGCGACUCCUCCACCACGGAACAGCAAUCCGGAGCGACGGGAACAGCGCGAGGACACGCCACAGUAAAGAAAAAAUGAGAAAUUAGUCGCAAAGAGAUGAAUUCUGAAGAACUAUUUACUUUUGUUUAUUCGAUUUAUUCUGUUUGUUAGUGUUUUUUUUUUAUUUUAAAAAUCACACACUUUUAAACAAAUUUAAGCAAUUCAGCUGAUCUUUAGUUGCAUUUUUUGUUCUCACCCACGGCAUGCACUAGUAGCGAACACAAAAGCGAUCGAUUUAGAUUAUUUAAGACUUUGUGAGUAUCGAUAUCGAUUGAGUAGGAAUUACAAAAUAUUUUUGUGAGUGACGAAAGGAAAAUUAAUCAAUCCAUAUGAAUUAAAGAAA